GGAUUUCUGUGGUUGCCUAGCGACGCGACUCAUCAACGCUGUGCAGUUAGUCCGUCUUGUUUUCAUUGCGACUGCCUGGAGUGUCCGUGAUAUAAGUUGCACGUUAACAUGUCUACGUUGGUGGCGCAGGGACAUUUCUCCUUCGGUCUGCGAACAGCGGUGAACAACAACUUGUGUUUCAUCGACGAAAACACGCUCGUUUUCCCAAGUGGGAACAACUGUGUGGUUUACAACAGCGUCCAGAGAUGUCAGCGCUUUAUUCCAGGCUCCGAGCGGAGCCGAGCCAUGCGCGCUCUGGCCAUCAGCGCCAACCGUCGGUUCCUGGCUGUGUGCGAGCGCGGGGACACGGCGGCGGUGACGGUGCUGGACCUGCAGCACGAGCAGGGCAGGAAGAGGAAGGUUCUGACGCCGGGCGACUCGCCGGCUCUGGACUUGGUGUGUGUGGCGUUCUCCCCGGAUUCCAAGUACCUGAUCGGGCAGACGGGGGAUCCGGACUGGACGCUGGUCCUGUGGCUGUGGGAGAAGCAGAAGGUGCUGGCGACGGUGAAGAGCAGCAGCGCACACAGCCCUGUGACUCAGGUCAGCUUCAACCCCCACAACAACACGCAGCUGUGCGUGAGUGGACGCGGCGUCUUCAAGCUGUUCCGCUUCGCCGACGGAGCGCUGAAGCCCAGCAGCUUCUCCAAAGUGGACUCCAUCACCUUCCUGUGCCACGCGUGGGUGACGGAGGAGCGCGUGGUCGCCGGCACCGACACCGGGCGCCUGCUGGCGUUCGAGUCUGGAGGCCUGCGAAGGGAGAUCAGCAUAGAUUCCAAGGCUGCAACGGACGGGUGUGACGGUUUUGUGGACAGAACCUCCACUGCCUCUCGCAUCACAGCCGUUCUGUCCUGCUCCAAGGGCCUGUUGUGCUCUGUGGCUCCAGGCACCGUGUGUCUUCUGGAGAAGACAGAGGAGGAGAGCUACAGAAGGAGCAGGGAGAUUCAGAUUCCUCCAGAUCCCUUCAGCAACGAGGUGACGGCGGCAGAAAACCAGGAGGUGGACACUAUGUGCAUCAGCCCUGCAGAGGAGACCCUGGCCAUCAGCACAGACCAGGGGCAGCUGUACAGUGUCAGUCUGUCUGUUCUGGACAUGCACAAGGAGGAACAACUACAUUUUGAGUUCCUGUCCCAGUCCUUCCAUUCCAGUUCCAUCACUGGUUUAUCUGUCUGCAUUCGUAAACCCCUGGUAGCUACUUGCUCGUUGGACCACUCUGUCCGCGUCUGGAACUAUGAGACAAAGGUGCUGGAGCUGUACAAGCAGUUCCAGGAGGAGGCGUACAGCGUGGCUCUGCACCCCACCGGCCUCUUCAUGCUGGUGGGCUUCUCAGACAAACUCAGGCUCAUCAACAUGGUCUUUGACGACUUCCGCACCUUCAAGGAGUUUAUGCUGCGCAGCUGCAGAGAGUGUGCGUUCAGUCACGGUGGCCACAUGUUUGCAGCUGUCAAUGGGAAUGUGAUUCACAUCUAUUCAUUCACCUCCUUCGAAAACAUCCUCACUUUGAAAGCUCACAGUGGGAAGAUCCGUGGCCUUGACUGGAGCCUGGAUGACAGUCGUCUGGUGUCGUGUGGGAUGGAUGGAGCAGUGUAUGAGUGGAACACACAGACGGGCAAGCGUGAGUCAGAGAGCGUCCUCCAGUCCUGCAGCUACACAGGUGUUGCCUACUCCUCUGAGUGCAAGACCAUCCUGGCUGUAGGAAGUGACCUCAGCCUGAAGGAGAUCCAGGACUGUCAGGUCCUGAGGGAGGUUGCUGCUGAGGACGUACCUAACACUGUUGUUGCAGUGUCUCCCUCUGGUAGAGUCAUCUUCACCGGCACCAGCAGUGGUACCAUCAGAGCCAUUAAAUAUCCGUUACCCGUCCAGAGGGAGUGGCUGACGUACCAGGCCCACUGUGGACCUGUCACCAAGAUGGUGGUCACGUUUGACGAUCAGUACCUGCUGACGGUGUCUGAAGAUGGAUGUCUGCUGGUGUGGAGGAUCACUGAUAAGGACGGCAGGGGGCUGAAAAGCACCAAACAGAUUGUCCACAUGGAGGAGAUCCUUGUUACCAAGUCAGACCUGGAGGAAAAGACUCAGAACACGCUGGAGCUCAAGAUGCACCUGGAGGAGCUGCAGAUGGAGAACGAGUACCAGCUCCGCCUGAAGGACAUGAACUACAACGAGAAGAUGAAAGAGACUAUGGACAAGUUUAGUCUACAAAUAGAAAGCCUAAAAAGUUCACAACAGGCCAUGAAGGCAGAGCUGGAAAAGCAGGAGCAGGAGCAUCAGGAGAAGUUUGCAGAGACGAUGGUUGAACACUCCAAAGAACUGCAGGAUUUAGAGUUAACCUACAGUCAGAAGCUGAUUGUGGAGCACGAACGGUAUCUGGACCUUCAGCAGAAAUGUCAAGGUAUGCAGGAGAACUACAAGAAAGAGCUGCAGUGUGCAGCAGAGAGCAGAAACCAAGCUUUGGAGGAGCUGAAGCAGGACUAUGAGGCAAAGCUGCACGAGAAGACUCAGCUUCUGGCUCAGUGUCAGCAGGACGCGCAGCAGCAAAUGCGUGAAUUCAAAGCAAUGAUAAAGCAGAUAGAGGAGGAUGAGGAGAGGAAGCUCCAUGACAUCCAGAUCAAGUAUGAGAAGAAGCUACACACAGAAAAAGAGGCCAACACCGAUCUCAAGGGAGAAACUGGGCUCAUGACGCAAAAGGUCUACAGUCUGCAGAGACAGAUUGAUGACAGGUGCACAGACAUAAACAAGCUCAAGCAGGAGCGUCAGAGGCUGCUGGGACUCGUUCGCUCCCUGGAAAGUGACAUUGAGGAUCUGAAAAGGCAGAUCUCUGGACAUGAGAAGACCAACCAGGACAAGGACAGGACCAUUGCAGGCUUGAAGAAGAAGAAUCAGGAACUGGAGAAGUUGAGGUUUGUUCUCGAUUUCCAGAAGAACGAUCUGGAGAAGCAGGUGGAGCCUCAACGAGACGACAUCAGUAAAAAGAAGGAGAGGAUCCAUGUGCUGGAAGAGGAGCUGGUGCAGCUCAACAAGAGCAACACUCAACUGAAGCUCAGCAUCACGGAGCUGAAGCUCAAACUCAGAGCCAGAGACAAAGAGAUGCAGAAGGAGACGCAGAAGGUGAAAAACCUGGAGACGCAUCUUCAACGUUUCAAGUCGGACCUUCAUAACUGCAUUGGCUUCAUCCAGGACCCCAAAAAGCUGAAGGACAGCCUGCAGAUGAUCUAUGCUCACUAUGUGACACAAGCUGUGGGGGUGGAGAAGAGCGGUGUGGAUGAAGACAUUCUGAAGGUGUUCUCUGAUCACCGCGAUCACCUGGAGAGGACAGUAAAUACUCUGAAGAUCAGGCUGACUAAAUCUGCUGAGGAACACGAAGAAGUCUAUGUCAGGAUCAUGAAGGAAAAUGUGAGUCUGAUCACAGAAAUCAACGACCUGCGGAAGGAGCUGCGUCUGCUCAGGACGCAGCUCAAAGAGUACAAAGCCCAGUUGGCUACAGUCAAGAAGACUCGUCCCAACUCGGAGGAAGGGCCCAAAAAGGAGCUCUAACAAGAAAGGUCAAAGGUCGUUACCAAGGACAACAGAGGAUGGAUAAAAUAUCUGGAUUUUAGACAAAAAAACCUUCUUAUGCAGCAAUAUUGUUCAUUUGUGUUUGCUGAGAUAUUACAAAAAAUAAAAGCAAUCAACACUAA